AUGGCCGACCAAAUGUCGCCCACUGCAAAGAAAUCGAAGAAGAAAUCCAGAGGCAUACGAAAAUUCAUUCCAGAUUUGAAGUCUCCCAACGAGUCGGCUCACCAGUCGAAUUCCACUCGGGUUUCUGUCUCCUCCGCGUCAAGCGCUCACCAUGGAACCGAUGCAGGAAAUGCAGAGCCGAGGGCUUCAAACCUAGCCGAUUCACUCAUCCUCCAGGUCACACCGCGGCCCCUUCCCAGUCGGCAAGACCUUCGUCAAGUUCUCCAGAUCUGCAGGAGUCCGCUGUGGGUCAAGUCUCGCCGAACACUCAACCUCAUUCCGAGCGAGGGCGCUCAUGACCCUCCCCGACUCGACCUCACAAAGGUUCCGGCUGCUGGGGCAAGUAGCGCGGAAAGACCAGACAAAGGAGAUCGACGAGGAAACGCAAGUGUGUGGAGGGAGAUUUCGAGAAAUGGUAGGCACGCACUUCCAAGACAGAGGACUGGAUGGGCCACAAGCAUUUCCGUAGCAAUGGUACAAACGCCGAAAACCAGAAAGGAUUGCGUCCCCGUUGGGCCAGAGCCGAUUCCUGCUGGCGUAUGUACUGGGAACCCCGACCAGACGUACAAGGGCCCCCCGGGAUGGAGGAAAAUUCCUGGGAAUACCUGCGUGGAUGGCGUCAAGAAGGACGAGAAAGUUGAUAAGAAGUGUUCGCAAGGUUUCCUUCACAACCUGCUCCCGGGGAAAUCGCCCACCAAAUUCAUGACUUCAAACAUCAGAUCGUGCAACACGCGUACUUCAAGAACCCCAAAGUCAAAACCAUUCUGGUUCGUCCCGUCGACCACACCGUGCGGCAAUCCAGCAACGAAGGUUACAGCUGGAUGCAAAUCCACCCUGAACACCGCUUCCUUGCAUUCUACCACCACAAAUACUCGGACGAUCGCGCCUACCUCAUCGCCGACGCCGACACCUUCUACACAGCCGACAACGGAUGAACCCAAAGCCCCAACUCCACCCGACACCUUCGGAGCGCAAGUCACACACUUCCACCCGAACACUGACAACCUCAUCUGGACGGGCAACAGAGGCUGCUCGGCCCAAGCGCAAAGCUGUCAUGCAGAAGCCCAGUACUCCAGGGAUAACGGGCGCAAGUGGUCCCUCAUUGAUAGCUACGUGUGGAAUCGCGCAUGGGCGAAAGACGCAGAGCUCAAUACCGAUCCGAACGAGAUCAUUUGCGGGACAAGAAGGGCAACCAGCGUUUUCGAUCAUGUUGUUGGCUUUGCGAAGUUUUCAGAGUUCCUGGUCGUUGCUGAGAUGAUACCCGAGAGACGCUCUUGGGAGCUCGAAGUCUCGCUCGACGGAAUACAUUUUGCAACUGGCAAAUUCCCACCCAGCGUGCACCCGGAAACCCACGCAUACACUGUCUUAGAGUCAAGCACGAAAUCGCUUUUCCUUCACAUGACAAUGUCGGAGGCUCCGGCUCCCUUCUGGGGCGACAUUCUGAAGUCCAACUCAAACGGCACGCACUUCGGUCUUGCGCUUGAGAAUGUCAAUCAGGACGAACAGGGUUACGUCGAUCUCGAGAAGAUGAUUGGCCUGGACGGCAUCGCUCUCGCCAACGUCGUGUCCAACCCCGCAGAUGCAACGCUUUCAGGCCAUAAACAGUUGCAGAGCCGAAUCACGCACAACGACGGAAGUACGUGGAGGCCCUUGACACCGCCACUGGUCGACUCACAGGGGAACAUAUACUCAUGUGAGGGUACAUGUGCCCUUCACAUUCAUGGCUACACCGAACAGAUGGAUCCACGAGCCACCUAUAGCAGCCCUUCCAUUGUUGGGGUGCUUAUGGCCGUCGGAAACGUUGCUAACGAUGAAGAACCUACUGAUCACAUCCUGUUCAGUACAGACGAAGGUCUGACGUGGCGAGAAUACAAGUUCACGGAGAAGAUGCGCGUCCGGUCUAUCGUUGCGGUUCCUUCUGACACGAGUCGACGUUUCAUCCUGUUUGGAAGUUUCAUGCGCACACCCGGUUCAAUCGCGGUUCAUAUUGACUUCACGCAGCUGACUUCAAGAAAAUGUUCGCGGAUUUGGUUCUAUUCCUUCAUUUCCUAUGCUAACUUCUGUUCCUUAGGUGACCUUAGCGCUGACAAUCCUGAAAAGGAUGACUUUGAGAUGUGGAGCCCCAGUGAGAACCGCCCACAGCAAUGUCUCUUCGGCCGCCAGACACUAGGCUACCGCCGCCGCAUUCGUAACACGGACUGCACUGUGGGGGAACAAGAAAAGGCAGCUAGCCGCGUUGUUCUCAACUGGGUUUGCUCGAAAAUUGAUUUCGAAUGCGAGUUCAACCACGUUAAGAACGCCAAUGACGAGUCUGAACUUGUCCCCGGUACAACUCCUCUACCCGACAGCGAUGCGGUUUGCAGAAACGGCGAAGAGUUCUGGUACGAACGGACAGCCUACCGUUUGACCCCCUACUUCAGCUGCACGGAUGGUGAGAGACCCGAUCGUGGUCGCGAGCAUCGCUGCCCUGGCUUCAAGUUUCAUAGCGCUCGGUUCUGGCUAUUCAUGCUUCUCCUCCCAUUCGGUUUCACGGCUCUUAAUGCUUUUUACUAUUAUCGUCGGAGUGGCCUCGCCAGAGGUACCAUCCGCCUCCCUGGAGACGGAGGAAGACCCGCGUACGGUGGCGACAUAGGCGUGGUCGCUACUCUCGCUUCUGUUCCCUGGUCCAUUGUUGGCGUUGCGGGUAUCGCCUGGGAAUGGGUCGUAUCGCAUGUGGAGCGUCUUGCGCCUUGUGCAAGAAGCGGGUACAGGAACUUGCCAAUAGACAAGGAUGCAUAG